AAUAAUUAAUUUUUUGUUAAUAAAUUUUAUUUAAAAUAUUAUUCAGACUAUUCAAACAUGAAAUUUUAUAAUAUUAUAGUAUUUAUGUUAAUUAAUAUAUGUUUUAUAUAUGAAACAAUCGGUCAAAAAGCAAAAAUUAUUGAUCGGGAAAUUAUAGCCAUUUUCAAUAAAUGUGAUAAUAAUUUGCAGUCAAAUGGAUUCAAAGUCAAUAGUUUGGUCCGAUUUGAGGGGAAAGUCGAGUCACUGGACUGCCAGUCCUAUCAAGCCUACCGAUCAAACGAUACGAGACGAUACCUAAUCAGCUAUAAUAAUGACAAUCAAUGGGCACCUGUUGUGGCUGUAAAUACCGAUUCACAAUUCAAUCUUGAAAGAAAUGGUAAAAUGAUCAAUAUAAUAGAUACGGGUAUAGUAGUGGAAGGUCCGCCAGAAUUUUUAGGCGCACAGUUAGUUGAAUGGAGAAAAUACAAUAAACAAUGGUAUGACUCCGAGUGCCAGUCAAAUGGUGGUCUCCGGGAACUCCGGUUUAAAGAGUCUACGAUUGAGAUACGGGAUCAUAAAAACAAUGACAAACCACUGGUCAGGUGCCGAUCAGUGUUGGACAGGAAAACCUGGUUAACCCAGUUUACGGUUGUCAAAUUCAAGCCGGGUAUGGCCUAACUGGCCAGAUGCUUAAUAAAGAUAACAAUUAUUAUAUAAACUAAUAAACAAUCAUAAUAUCUGUAUUUUUAAAAAAUAAAACAAAUAUUAUUUUAAUAGU